AUGGUCACAUUACCCGAAUUGGCCAAGGGCUUAAAGGCUGCGUUCCAGUCAAAAGAUUAUAUCACUUGUGAAAAGUUAUUAACACCAACAAAGAUAGAAUUAAUCAAGGCUAACUUAUUAAUACCGGAUUUCGGGAAGCUUUCAUCUGGCAAUACUGCCUAUAUUAAUGAUUUGGAAAUUGCGAAGAAGAUUUUGGAAAUAGGUGCCUUAAGCUCUAUCAAUUUAUUAGCAUUUUCCAGUUUUGAAAACUACUAUGCACAAUUGCGUGUAUUUUACUUUGAUCAUACUGCCAGUGCGAUUUUUGGUGAAUCUGAAAACAAAAAGAAGCUAAUUAGUCUAUAUUUAUUGAUUUUACUUUCUCAAGGCGAUGUUACGAGGUUUCACAGCGAAUUGGAAUAUUUAAGCAAAAGAAACCUAGGCAAUCUAGAUGAAAACACAUACCUUUCAUAUCCUAUUAAGUUAGAGAAGUUACUAAUGGAGGGUUCAUACCAAAAGGCAUGGGAUAUGUUACAAAAUGACAAGGGAGAUAAUAAGAUAGAAGAGUUUAAUAUUUUUGAUGAGACUUUGAUGAAUGCAAUAAGGGAAUCUAUUGCUAGUAAUACUGAAGUUGCAUAUACAAGGUUACCUUUAAUUAAUUUGAAGGCGUUAUUAUUCUUCAAAACCGAAAAGCAAACGGCGGCUUUUGCAGAAGCUAGAGGAUGGACUUUAGCUAAUGGCAACGUUGUAUUCGACGAAGAUGACGUUGUUGACAAAAAAGAGGAGACCGUCAUUGUUACCAAGGCAUUGGAAUAUGCUAUUAAUUUAGAAAGCAUUGUAUAA